AUGUCCAAAGAAGGAAAACUAAUGAAGCUCAAGUCAGUGCUCAAGAAAUUGAACUCAUUUAGCAACAAGCAGCAAAGCCGCGCCACCAUCAGCGCCGUCGCGAGGGACGAAUCAUCGUCGCCAUCGGGACCGGAGCUCCUCCCUGUGUACGUGGGCAAAACCCGGCGGCGCUACCUCGUGAAUUCCGACGUUGUGGGACACCCACUGUUCCAAGAGCUGGUGGAUAGGUCCCGCGAUUCUUCCGAGGAGGAGGAGGAGACCGUGAACGUGGCGUGCGAGGUUGUCCUGUUCGAGCACCUUCUCUGGAUGCUCCAAAAUGCUGAUCCUCAACCCGAGUCUCUCAACGAGCUCGUCCACUUCUACGCUUGCUAA